AUGGACUUUACAGAACUUUACAAGCAUUCUUCUGGCCUCGUAUCCGUCAGUCCCGGAGCACAUUUUAUCCUCAAUGCCAUCCAGGACAGGCUCAUCGUCCGACGAGUCGACUCCUUCCAGAUCACCCGCACAUGGCUCAUUGGCGCCUCCUCGCCUACGGCGACUAUGCUGUCCAAGCAGGCUAAGGCUUCUCCUUCGCAGCUCUUAGAAGCGCCUAUCUCGCAUGUAGGAUGGUCCUGCGACUCAGAGUAUCUCCUCGCCGCCUCUUCUAAGAGAGGCACAGUAGACGUCUUCAAGCUCAGGGAUGAAGAUUGGAAUGCUCGGAUCGAAACAGGUGCUGAGGGACUUGUGAAAGCUGAGUGGGCUCCAGAUGGAAGGAAUAUCUUGUGUUUUUCGGAAUGGGGUCUACGAGUGACAAUCUGGUCGUUGGUUAGUGGGUCCUCAACCCAUAUACAAUUUCCGUUGCAUCCGGACCGAGGCUAUACUUUCCGCUCUGACGGUCGCUAUUUUGUUCUGGCUGAACGCCACAAGUCAAAGGAUACGCUAGGAAUUUAUGAUGUUCAAGAUUCGUACAGAUUAGCAAGGCAUUUCCCGUUACCGACCAGCAAUCUUUCGUCACUUGCGCUCUCGCCCACUGGCAAUCACGUAGCGGUUUGGGAGCAUGCUCUGAACUACAAAGUUCACGUGGUGUCCUUGACGGGAGACGUUCAAGGAUCUUUUGCCCCUGAGCCUGACCCCGGGUUCGGCGUUCGACAUGUAGCUUGGCACCCUUCGGGCAUGUUCCUCGCCGUGUCUGGAUGGGACAAUAAGAUCUACAUUUUGGAUAGUAUAUCCUGGUCCCCGACAUCUAUAUUGGAACUCUCAAGUCGGAUAUCAGCCAAUGCCACUCUUUGGCGGGAGCCGGCGAAUUGGCUCGAGUCUACUCACGGGCGAGGCUUCCUAUCUUAUGAACGGCUGAUUGGCCCACAAACCAUCACUGUGACCCGCGCGGACAGCUCAAAAGCAUACCCCAAGUCGGGAACCAUUCAACUUGAAUGGAACAAGAAUGGGAGUAUAUUACUCGCACGAUUCGAAAAUGUCAAUUCUGCGGUGUACCUUUAUGAUUUUCCGUCUGCCUCUGAACCAUUUGUGCCUAAGCUGCGAUGUGUACUAGCGAACUCGCGCCCGAUCGUACAGUGCCGAUGGAACCCAAUCCGCAAAGGUAGCUUGGCACUCUGUUGCGGAGAGGGCAGUGUGUAUACAUGGAGUAAUGAAUGGGUCAGCGAAGGAGGUGUUGAGGAAGAUAUUGCCGAGUGCAUCGGGGUUCCUGCUAAGCAAUUUGAGACCCAAGAUUUGCAAUGGGCGCCCGACGGAAAGGGGCUUGUGCUACUGGACAAAGAGACAUUUUGCUGCGCAUUCGAAGUGGAAGACGAAAACAUAGAUGUUUAA